AUGACCAAAAAACGAUUUGUUGUUGGCCAAAUCAAGGAGGAAGUCCCAGACAACUUUGAGGAUUGGACAGAAGAGACUGAUUUCAUACUCUUCAGUGAGAAUUGGACUCUCGAUGAUGUGGUGAAUCUCAUCGGGGAUGAAGUCGAGCAGCCGAUUGAAGGAACUUCGGAUUCAUCGACGAUGGUUUCCUCAAGAGUGGAUGAUGAACCAUCCACUUCGUCGUCCGCAGUGCCAUGGAAGCUCCGUCAAAUAAAACAAGAACCGCUAGAUGAGGAGGAAGUCUUGGAGCCGGAGCGCCAAGUACCAAGUCAGAGCACGGAGCAGCCAAUGGAGCUAAUGGUGCAGACCAAAGAAGCGAAGGAGACCUCACCGUCUGAGACGCAAAGCCCAGGAGCGGACACGGCGAUCGAAUUCAUCGGACAGCGCUUCAAGGGGACCGCCACGCUUGUGUGCACCACUGCGGCGGGAAUCUGUGAAGCCCGAAAGUUCCUGAGAAGAAUGUCAGCAAAGCUCGAGCUGACAGAGAUGUUGGAAUCGGGAGAUGCGAGAAACUGGGAGCAGCUGGAAAUUGAAGAGGGGCUUUUAUUUUUGAUGGAGAAGAAAAAGCAGGUCCCGAAAAGAAUGAUCAUCAAAGAAGAGGUUGAUGACGGACUUCAAACCCCGCCGCCAAAAACACAACGGGUCAUGUUCAUCACUGGCAACAUCUUCACCCAAACGGACCCCUUCGAAUGUACCAAAAAAGGAAUAGAAACCGCCCGAAAGUUCUUGAAGUGGAAGGCUGAUCUCCUUCAUGAUAAGGCUGCCUUGCAUGAAAAGGCUUCCUUGCAUGAUAAGCUAGAGAAUGAAGAAGAGGAAGGGUUGAUUGGGCUUCUCCAAGCUAUCCUCGAGGAUCCAACGUCGGAAGACCUGGAUCUCAUCGAGGAGGCAAUCCGAUGCCUCAGGAUCGCCAAGGAUCGGUUUGAAACUGUCGCGAAUCUCAAAGCCGAGACCGUGGACGCAUCGGAGAUGGAAGAGGGUGGACAAAUGGAGAUGAGGGAAGAAGAAGAUGUUGCCCAAGAAGAAGAAGAGCAAGACACCUGCUCUGAUGCAGAGACAGAAGACCCCGUGGCGUCGCCAGAAGCAUCAUCGUCAUUUAAUAUGGUCAAUGUGGAAGAGGUCGUCAUAAAAGAUGCUGACGUGGAGAAGUACCUCCAAGAACCGGCCAGUAAUAUUUGGGACCGCGUCACAUUCCCUAAUGAACGUGACUGGGAUUAUGGUCCUGUCGGCGAUUCCCAUCCCAGUCCACAGCCAGAAAGUAUCCCAGAACGGCAGAACCCCAUACCAAUCCAGGACCGUCUUGACUGGAAUCCUCCGCAAACCGAUGCACCACAACGCGGAAGAAUGACAAAGAAAAGGUGGAGAUAUAGAAGGAACAGAGCAGCGAAAAAGGCAGAACAGCGGCGUUUGGAGUGGGAGUCUAGAAUAAAAAAUGAUGGAGAUGAUGAGUUUCCAGCUGAAGAGUCUGUAUUGCAUGUGACGGUUGCAACUCUACAGGAUUACCACCACCCAAUUCCUCCACCGUUAAACCACACAGUCUACCAUCGUCCCGCCCGCUACAAUCCGUACUCCCGUCCACCACCACACUACCGUCAAGGCUAUCGUCAAGGCUACCGUCAAGCUCCAGCUCCACCUCCACCUCCAGCCCCACAAUGGAACGCUCGUCAUCGUCUCGUGGUUCCCGAAAUUAGAGAGCGAAUCUACUUCCCAUAG